UCCGGGAGUCAACAGGUGCGGUAGGAGCCAGGGAGCCUCCGAACAGAGCCCCUUCUUUCUCUUUCUUCAUCGCUUUCGUCUUUUGUCUGAAGAAUCGGGCAGAAAUUUCGCGAUUUGCGCGACGUUUUAUAAAUCGCGACGAUCGGUGACAGUCAUAUAUCAUGCAGUCCUGAAGAAAGUUCUUCGUUUUCCCCCCGCGGACCUCGUGCAUUUUUCUCCGCGCCGUCUAAUACUUUUUAUCACAGAAACUGCUGGGAAAUCCCCAGAAUACAUGACAACGAUGAGGAGAUGUCAGAUUACUAUUUUUCUAUUCUUCGUGACUUUAACACUUAGCACAUGCUAUGACGAAUUACCAAAACCAGGCUAUACCAGAACGAUGUUGAAAGUCUCUCGAAGUCUUCCGGGCGAGACGGAAGAGUUAAAAGUGCGAACAAGCGAAGGCAAUGUGGCCACUUUAAUCGUUAAGCGACGAGACAAAUCAUCGUUCAUCAAUGAUUCGACACCAAAACCUAUUCAAGAAGAAUCGAACUUCACUGCGGAAAAUAAAAGAAAUUUCUCAAUAAAUGUGCAGAAUGAAUCGAUGCUCGAUGAGAAGAAUGAAAGCAAAAGGAAAGAUGAGGUGCGAAAACUUGAGGAAGCUCAAAUAGAACAGAUCAGGGAGACGUUCUCUAAAUUUUCAGAACCGAAAGAUGAAAAAUUAGAUAUUAAUCGAGCCGAUAAGAGACUGGUAUCUGAGAGAAGUCAGCCUAUUGGCUUAAUCGAUUAUGGGAAUUGGACGCCGUUGGACGCGGAAGGAAGAGUUUUGAAGCAAGAGGAACCGGAGGAAGAGUAUCGAAACUGGAAACCGUUGCAGACAAACUUGGAUACUGUCGAAGAAAGAACAAAUUAUGACAGAUUGGGCGAAGCCCAAUUCGGCAGCGAUAUCCUGUUUGCCAGGAAUUUCCAGGAUCGAACUCAAAAGAACUUCAAACUUAACGAUCGAAAUGUUGCGAAUGAGGACGGGUUUCAUUAUAUGUAUAUACCUCAUAUAGUGUCUACGAGGACAAAUAUUGGUGCCAAUUUGUCAAAAAACCGAGAUGGUAAAGCUGUGCCUCCGGAGGUAAUCGUUCGAUCGGAGAUCAACGUGAAAACUAUACCAAAGAGAUCGCCCUUGUCAUUGGACAUCGAUGGCACGCCAAUAAUUCAUGGUACGAGAGUGUCCGAUGAGCCUAUCGACAAAAUACAAACCUGGAGAAACGCUCGGGUUAUCAAUAACAAGCUUAUAACUUCCGAAGACAGUUUAACGGUUACCACAGAGCCUCUUGUCGAGGCUUCCGACGAUAACGCGGAAAAGAAAGAGAAAUUUGAAAAGUUUUUUAAAAAUGUUAAUCGAAGGUAUGGUCGCAACUACAACGAAGAAGCUCACAAUGUGUACUUCGAGUGGGAUCCAAGAAAUUACAAAAGCGAAGCCUUGAAAGCCGAGGUUUAUGAGCCACGUAAUGAUCAUUACCGCGCGAGCGUCCACAAAAGGAUGUUACAUCCGGACGGCAUCACGAACUAUCCGAUUUCUCAACGUUACACCCCGGAGAGUCAGACUAUAGCGCCGGUAGCGUUGAAGUCCGGCGCUCGCGCGCCGGUUCUCCAAUACGCCCAUCCAGAGCUGGGCGUGCAACCGGCCAAGAUUCUAAAGAAUGAGAAACGCCGACCGGAAAAUUUCCCGGAAAACCAACAUUCAUUUACCGAGCAACGUCAUAAAAAGAAAUAUGUGCUGAACAAUAAGAACAUCGUGGAUAGUUAUACCACGAAGAACUAUUAUCCGAAUCAGCACUUCUAUGGCUUGAAACGACCGUACGAACCGUCCCUUUGGGUGAAGAUAUCCGAAAAUCUGAAGAACCAGUUUUCCACCGGAGUCGAGAGGGUCUCACAAUUCACUAGGCCGGUAAUCGAUCCUUUGGUGGAGGCUACUCAUAAAAUCUCGCAGAAUCUCGGUCUAUCCAAAGGCUCAACCAAGGAGGCUCAAAACAAGAUCGACACGGUAGCGACAGGUACUAGCAUUCUAAUUCCGGCUCUAGGUCUCGUUGCAUCUGGUGCUGCGCUCGGCAUAGGCGCCGUGGCGGUUGGUCGAUAUCUCGACGUCGACGUUCUGAAACGAUCGAAUGUCGACGAAGACGAUCUGGAGCACAAGCGUGCCUUAGAAACUGGAGCGUACUUAAAAACGAUCGAGGAUGAUAAUUUAAAAUUGAACGAAGCGACACCGCAGACCUUGUACGUUCCUCAGAACGAUAAAACGAGAAACGAAGAUAUGGGUUCGGCAGAAAACGAUGGAGUCUUCUUGGUUCUGGAAGAGGACAAACGAAACGCCGAGAGAAUUGAAAAUCGAGAAAGUAAACAGGUGGUGGAUGAAGCCGAUUACGUGGAAACUAAUAGACGUAAAAGGAGAAGUCUCGAUUAUCUAGAUAUCUUCAAAGCGGAUACUGACAUGAAAAAUCUGAUACGCAGCAAGCGCUUUCAGAGAAAAGGUGCCGAUUCCAUCAGCGAGAUCGUGGAAAUCGAUCUGCCUGCUGGCUCAGAUCGCAUCGAUAUCACUGAAUUCCUAAUUCCAAAAAAUAAAAAGAAACAUUCGAGUGAAAAUGCUAUUCUAGUUGUCAAAGACAGCUUGAAGAUCCCAACAGAAAAUUUUCGAAUAGACACGUCGGAUCAGAACAUAUUAAAUGCCGCUACAAAGAUAUUCGGUGAUAAUUUGCGAGAUGCAGCUUCAAUAAAUGAAGAUAAUGGACAACAAGGAAGAAAUCUGAGAACCGAUGCAUUUUUCAUGUUGGACAGAUUGCAAAAUUUCGAAAGUAAUCUCGAGAAGGAAACAAUAAAUAGGAGACGAAAGCGAAGCGUCGAAAACAAUCAGGAGCUUCUGGACACGUUGCAGAAUCUGGAGAACGCAGAAGUGGCAGAAGUUGCUCACAUACAGGGCGAAUGGACGAACACACCCUGUGCAAAGAGGAUAUUUUGCGAUACAAUGAUUCAAAGAGGUUCAGAUGCCUCAGUGCUUAUGGAGAAAAAGAUGACGGCGUUAUUAAGACUAAUUCAAUCUGGAGCAGCCGCACAGGUGUCCAGUCACUUUGAGGAGGUCAUGGAUGCCAUUAGAAGACAUGAUUGUUCCAGCUUCUUGUGCCCACAGGCGAGACCCGGCAACAUCUUCUUUUAGAUACGCUUGUAGUUCUUAAAUUGCGACUCUUCUUUUACUAGUUGGCAUUUUCAACUCUAGUUAAGUCCUGCUUGAAAAAAUAUUUUUCUUUUAAUGUUUCGUUGCAAAUACAUCCUGGAAAUCCAGCUGGUUAAAUCUUUUUCUAUUUUCUCGGACACAACUUAGAAACUAUCUUGACAUUUUUCGUUAGGAAACAAUUAUUUCAAUUAACAACGGGAAAUAUUUUCACAUAAAAAAUACAACUGUUACAGAAAAUCUUGUACAUAUUAUAGAUAAUUAGUAACAACACGCGAAUUCUUUAGCUGUGUAUAAUAGCUCUCACGA